UCCUGGCACAGGGAAGGGGCGCGGCCCGGUGCCCGGGGGUGCUGCGGGGCGGAUGGGCCACGCCGGGGCAGAUCUCGGUGCGUGGCUGGGGGGUGCAUUGCAAUGUGCAGCUGCAGACGGGGUUAAGACGAGGAAGUCUCCACCUCCUCUGGCAGCUCGAACCUGUAGCUGCCAAGCUCCAUUAAAACGAUCAGCGGCGCGGGGCGGGGGGCGCAGGCAUUCCUGCAAAGCGGGCGCUGAGCGGGAGCCUCUCGGAUCCGAGUCCUGCCGAGGGAGACCCAGGGGGGUGGUGGUUAAUGAGCCCCCUCGCCCCGCUGUCCCUCCUGGCGGGCCGCACGAAGGCAGAAUAGCCGCGGAGCUCCGGAGCAGCCUGAGCUGGGGCUGACACCCUCCCUCCCCCGGGCAGAUGAAUUUCUAAGGGCUCCUCCUCGCCCCACAUGGCUCCGCGGCUCUCCCGCAGGGUCCCGCUCCACUGAGAACCCGAGCCAGCGAUCUGCCCCGGCCAGCCAGCGGGCUCCGUUCGUCCUCGGCGGGCAGGUGGGAAGGAAGCCGGCUGGAUACCACCAUGGGCCAGUCCUGGUGCCUCAUUGGGCUGCUCCUAGCCUAUGCAUCUGGAAAGAAGCUAUGGGACGUGCCUGUGUCUCAGGGUCAGCAGCACAGCACUGGAAAACUGCACUGGGAGCCACAGUGCCAGUACCAACUGCGCCACCUACAGGACAGCGCUAGAAUUUCAGCUCUACUGCCUCCCCGGCUGGAAGGUCAUUGGAUUUCUACAAGCUGUGAGGUACGUCCGGGACCGGAAUUCCUCACCAGAUCCUACCUGUUUUACUCCAACCGCUUGUUCAAGGCUUAUCAGUUCUACUACUGGGACCCCUCCUGCCGCCAUCCGUCCCACUCCUUGGUCAUCAAAGGCAAACUCAGGCUACGCCAAGCCUCCUGGAUCACCCGAGGGGCAACUGAGGCAGAUUACCACCUGCACAAAGUGGGUAUUGUUUUCCACAGCCAGAGGGCCAUGCAGGAGAUUUCGGCCCGGAUCAAUCAGACGUCAGGAGGGGGCUGCAGUGGAUUCUUUCCACCUGGCCGGUCCUGGGCUCCCGGAGUCCUCUACGAGGUGCUGAGUGCCAAGGAGGGGCGGGAUUGCACCACAGCCCUGGGCUUUGCCAUGCACGAACUCAGCCUGGUGCGGGUGGAGAAGCAUUACGAGCCCCUGCUGCAAACUCAGCCGAGCGGCAGCAGGACAGUGGAGGAACUGUACCUAGGGGACAUUCAUACCAAGUGGUCUGAGAGGCUCCAUUAUCGACCAACGGGGUAUCAACGCCCUUUGCAGAGCGCUGUGCAUCAUGCACAUCCUUGCCCUGCUUGUGGGAUUAUAUACAGAUCUGAUGAACACCAUCCACCUAUAUUACCAGCUAAAGCCGAGCUGCCGAUGCAGUUAAGUGGCAGGUGGGUGAGUGCUCAUUGUGAAGUCCGGCCAGCUGUGCUUUUUCUUACCAGGUACUUCAUAUUUCAUGGCAACAAUCGCACCUGGGAAGGGUACUAUUAUCACUACUCUGACCCACUCUGCAAGCAGCCUACUUUUACCAUCUAUGCAUCUGGGCACUACACCAAGGGCGUCCCAUCCUCCAUAGUGAGAGGAGGCACAGAGCUGGCAUUUAAAGUGACCUGUGCUCGGGUUACAGCAAUGGAUCAGGUAACAGUGACUAUGCUAAACUCCUCAGAGCCAGGGACCUGCGGGGAGACAGGCUUCUGGAGUGCCGGGAUGGAGCAGGAUAUAACACUGACCCAUGGGUGUCUGGCUUUGGGCAUCAAGCUGCCCCACACAGAAUAUGAACUCUUUAAAAUGGAGCAAGACAUGAAAGAUCGCAGCUUGCUAUUCAUCGGCGAAAGGCCCACAGACGGAUCCAGCCCUGACAGACCUGAGAAGCGGCCCACCUCAUACCAGGCACCGCUUAUUCAGUGUGCCGGGGCUACCGGAGUCUUUUCUAAACACAUCAGUCCACGCUACCUGGGAAAAGAGGAUAAUAACGGGAACGAAGCACUAAAACCUUUGCCUAUGGCCUUUUUAUUAUCACUUAUGGCAAUGCAGUUUUUAAGAUGGGACUAGACUCCAGCCGUGCAGCACAGAAUUCAGACACUGGGUGCUAAGACAAUUUUAUAUCCUCUUUAGAUAAGCACAUCUGGAAUCAGCUUUGCUUUGAUUCUGUACACAUUAAAAAAAAUGGACAAAGCAAGAGGUUUUCCCUGCAUAACAUGCCUGAUUGUGUACAAUGUGUACUGUGUGUAUACUUCCUAAUUGACUUUCAUUGGGCAUAAAUCUAAUGUAGUGACAUGGAUACAUUGCAAAUUGUCAGGUAAUUUAGCAAUACUAAAAAGAUGUGUUAAAUUAGAA